AUGAUGGAGGCCUGGCCAACGGUGGCCUGGAUGCUGCUCAUGACCAACGCUGCUGAUUGGCUGAAAACGGUCCAGUCACGGGACUUCUCCAUCACGGACAUCAUCCGGCUGCAUCCCUCAACUACACCUCAUCCUGGCGGCUUCAAGUGCUUCACGUGUGAAGAUGCCGCAGACAACUAUGAGUGUAACCGCUGGGCGCCAGAUGUUUACUGUCCAAAAGAUGCCAGAUACUGUAGCGCGCUCCACGUGAUGGAUAACCACGGCGCCAGUGUGUCUGUGACCAAGCGCUGCGUGGCCCUGGAAGACUGUCUGCUUCCCGGCUGCGAUGACGUCCCCGAUAGCGGCCAUCAGAUGUGCUCGUCCUGCUGCGAGGGGAACAUCUGUAACGUGGUGGUGCCGAGGAACGCCAGCAGCUCCAUCUUCUCCUCGACUUCUCCUCUGGCCAGCUCCGGCAGGAGGUUCCUUCCUGCGCCGCUGAGCUACUACAUCAUGGUCAUGGUCAUGGUCAUCUCUACAGCUGGACACUUUUGA